CUUGUCGCAUUUGCAUUCAAUUCAGUUUUAUGUGCGGUGUUGUGACGAUCACACACAAUACAAAUUUUCGUCGUCAUAAAUAGAAAUUUUCGAAAGAAAAUUCUCGCCACUAAAUCCAUAAGGUUACAUAUUUAAAAAACAAAGUCAAGAUGUUUGCCUCCAUAAUGGAAUCCGCACGAAACUCAACAUUCAAAAAUCCGUUCGUAUCAACGGUAAACUGUGAAUCAGGCGAAUCACAAAAUUUGGUUGCUGGCCGAAAAAUUGCUGCCGCUUCCGCCGUUGCUGAAGGAGAUUCAUGUGAAUUUGGAUCAAUGCACUAUUUUUUGCUUUGCGGUGUGGGUGGUAUUAUCUCUUGUGGUUCAACUCAUACGAUGGUUGUCCCAUUGGAUUUAGUAAAGUGCCGCUUGCAAGUCGAUGCUGCUAAAUAUAAGUCAGUGUUCAACGGUUUCCGUGUAACAUUGGCUGAAGAGGGUAUAAAAGGUUUGUCUAAAGGCUGGGCCCCAACAUUCAUUGGAUAUUCAGCGCAAGGAUUGUGCAAAUUCGGUUUCUAUGAAGUGUUCAAAGUGUUAUACGGUGGCUUUUUGAAUGAAGAACAAGCUUAUCUCUAUCGUACUGGAUUGUAUUUGGCCGCUUCGGCCAGUGCCGAAUUCAUUGCCGACAUUGCACUUUCACCAAUGGAAGCUGCCAAAGUUCGUAUUCAAACACAACCCGGUUUUGCAAACACGUUGCGCGAAGCUUUGCCAAAAAUGUCCCAAUCCGAAGGUCUAAAUGCCUUCUACAAAGGUCUUGUUCCAUUAUGGUGCAGACAAAUUCCAUACACAAUGAUGAAAUUCGCUAGUUUUGAAAAAACGCUUGAAUUGCUCUAUCAAUUUGUUGUACCAAAACCAAGAGCAGACUGUACAAAAGGCGAACAAUUGAUUGUCACUUUUGCUGCUGGUUACAUUGCUGGUGUAUUCUGUGCUAUUGUUUCACAUCCAGCCGAUACAGUCGUUUCAAAAUUGAACCAAGCUAAAAAAGGUCAAUCCGCUAUGGAUGUCGCCAAAGCAUUGGGAUGGUCUGGAUUAUGGGCUGGCUUGAUUCCUCGUAUUGUUAUGAUUGGUACAUUGACCGCCGCUCAAUGGUUCAUCUAUGAUGCAGUUAAGGUUGUUUUGAGAAUGCCACGACCACCACCAGCUGAGAUGCCGGAAUCACUCAAAAAGAAGUUGGGCGUCCAAUAAAUUGAUCAACACAUUGAAUGUACAGAUUUAAAUAAAAAAAAAAACAAUUAGAUGUUAAUUUGAAAAUGUCAAUAAAACAUACCUAAUGAGAA